GUAAAAGCUAGAGCGUUAUUUUUGGAGUUUUUGGUGUUGGCAGGCAGUGGUUAUAAUGCAUAAAUAUCUUAGAGCUUCAAAUGGGCAAGGUUGUAGUGCGGCAACCAUUGAAGAAAAAGAGCAAGAGGAAGAGCCGCAAGCCAAAAAGGCGCGAUAUGGUCAGUCCAAUGUGUGGAAUUUUUUUAAUAAGUCCUCGGAUGGCAAGACUGCCAAAUGUUUAAAAUGUGGUAAAAUUUAUCAAACCAGCGGAAACACCACCAACAUGGCGGGACAUUUAAAGCGGGUACACCCAACGUUAACGGUGAGUGAGUUGCCAAAGGCUUCAGGACAUAUGGCGGCUUAUUUGGAUAAAAAAUAUGAAGCCUCAUCGAAACGGAAGAGAGAUUUGGACAGCGCAUUGUUAAAUUUCAUUUGCUCCGAUUUACGUCCAUUUUACAUUGUAGAAAACGAGGGAUUUAAGCAAUUUGUAAAUGCUUUGGAUCCCCGAUACGAAUUGCCUUCACGAUCAACAUUGCUUUCAACAUGUUAUAAUAAUUUAUUCAUGAACAUGAGAAUGAAACUGAAAAGCAUUUUGCAAGAAGUGGAAUAUUGCGCUGUGACAACCGACUGUUGGACAUCUCGAGCCAACGAGGCUUAUUUGACCGUAAUUUGCCAUUUUAUAGAUCCAGAAUUUAAACUUCGCACAGCAGUACUUUCGACUAGUAAGUUACAGAAUGAGAAAAAUCAUUCUGCAGAAAACAUUGCGAACUCUCUAUGUGCAGUGCUAAUUGAAUGGGAAGUUAUGGACAAAGUUGCAGCCAUUGUUACCGAUAGCGCAAGAACAAUGAUAAAAGCAUGUGAGAUAUUGCAAAAAAGACAUGUGCCAUGCUUUGCGCAUGUUAUUAAUUUAAUAGUUCAACAAUGCCUGAAUCAAGAGAAAAUAAAAGUUAUUAUGGGGAAAUGCAAAAGUAUUGUGGGAUUUUUUAAGAAAAGCACAGUAGCUUACGCCAAGUUUUAA